AUGCACUCCUCGCCCAAAGCCCCAUUAACAGCUGCUAAUGUGGUUAUCACACCGGGUGCCAUUAUGGCAAACUAUCUCGUUUUGGCUGCAAUUUGUGGCCCUAAUGACCAUAUAGUCUGCCAGUACCCCACGUAUGGGCAGCUAUAUCUUUUGCCAAGGUAUAAGGGAGUUGAUGUCAGCUUGUGGGCUAUGAAUGAGAAAGAUAAUUGGUCCUCUGAUGUGGCAGAGCUUGCUAGUAUGAUUAAGCCUAAUACUAAGGCUAUUAUUAUUAAUAACCCAAAUAAUCCUACCGGAGCUGUCAUUUCUAAGGAUAAACUGGAGGAGAUCUUGGCCCUCGCCCAAGAGCAUGGCAUUGUAGUCUUCUCUGAUGAAGUUUACAGCCCUCUAUUUCACACGAGCAACCGCCCGCCGCCUCUAGUCUCUUUGGGCUAUAACCGUACCAUCUCAACUGGUUCUGUCUCUAAGGCUCACGGCUUACCUGGGCUUAGAGUAGGCUGGGUAGUAUCGCAAAAUGCACAAAUCUUGCGGCGGGUUACAACACUCCGAGACUAUACAACUACCAGCGUAUCGCAACUCGAUGAUAGUGUUGCUGCAUUUGCGUUGAGCGAGGAGGUCUUACCCCGGCUAAUGGAGCAAAACAUGAAGACCUGCGCCGAAAGUAUAGUCAUACUCGACGAGUUCGUUAAGCGCAAUGCCCGGCGAUGCCGAUGGGCUAAGCCGGAUGGGGCAGCGACGGCUUUCGUUCAAAUUUUGAACGAGGACGGAUCCGCGGCGGAUGACGUCGCGUUCAGCAAACAGUUAGCUGAGCAAGAGGGUAUCGUCGUUCUGCCCGGAGGAUAUUGUUUCGGUAAACCUGGAGCGAAUGGUUUGAGAGGGUACAUUAGACUCCCACUCGGCCAGCCAAGGCUAUUGGACGCUGCAUUGGAGACGCUGGAGAAGUUUAUCCAUAAGCAGACACACUUCUAG